GCUAUAUUUGGUUAAUGGGAUUUUAUGUAAUGUCAAAUCUUUUAAUAGUUUUCUCUAACACUUGUAGUUGAAGCCUCGGGGUGUUUAUAAAAGGGUUCAAGUUGAAGUUUAAAUAAUCAUAUUCAAUUCAAACAGUGGGAGUGAAGAUAAGUAAAAUGGGGUCAAAGAAACCUUUCCUGGUGGCGCUUCUAGUUCAUGCUCUUUCUUCUGGCAUGAUCUUACUGUCCAAGGCAGUAUUCAAUAUGGGUAUGAACAUAUCUGUGUUUGUCUUCUACAGACAAGUUGCUGGAACAAUUUUCAUGGUCCCUUUCGCCAUGGUUUUCGAAGGAAAACACGCCAAGCCACUUUCAAUACUGACCUUCUUCAAGAUUUUUAUGCUUGCUUCGCUGGGGAUUACCUUAACCUUGAAUAUUUACGGAGUAGCACUCAUUUACACAUCUGCAAGCCUUGGUGCUGCGACCAUUAAUUGCAUUCCAGUCAUAACGUUUGCCUUCGCAGUUUUACUCAGGAUGGAGAAGGUGAGAGUGAAGACUGUACCUGGCAUUGCAAAAGUUGCAGGUAUAGUGGUGUGCAUGGCUGGGGUUGUCACUCUAGCCUUUUACAAAGGUCCCGCUUUGAAACCUCCCUUCCAUCUUCAUAAUUUCCGUCCCCAUAGUGGCGCCCAAGAUGGUGACCAUGACCAUGCUUCUUCUGCCAAAAAUUGGAUAAUUGGAUGUUUCCUCUUGCUAGCUUCCUGCAUAUGUUGGGCUCUAUGGCUUGUACUUCAGGCUCACAUUUUGAAAAGCUACCCUUCCAAGCUUACUUUCACAAGCAUUCAGUGCUUGUCGAGUGCGGUCCAGUCAUUUAUUGUUGCUAUUGCUUUGGAAAGAGAUCCUCGUCAGUGGAAGUUGGGAUGGAAUUUUAGACUGCUUGCAGUAGUUUAUUGUGGGAUUUUCGUGACCGGUGUUGCAUACUACUUGCAAGCAUGGGUGAUUGCAAAGAAAGGGCCAGUUUUUCAUGCAGUGAUGAUACCAUCGAAUCUAAUAAUGACAAGUCUUGGUUCUGUGUUUCUAUUAGGCGAGACCAUUAACCUUGGAAGUGUUUUGGGUGCAAUCAUGUUAGUGAUAAGCCUUUACAGUGUUUUAUGGGGAAAGAGCAAAGAACAGAACGUUGAUAACGUGGGUUGUUUGCCUGUUGAAAAUCAAACACAAGUAAAGGAAACAGCGGUUAGCAGCAGCCCUCGGACAUCGUUAUCUACGUAACUAAUUAUUGUCAUGUUCUUUGAUUGUAUUUCUAAAUCUUUAUUUCUUCUUUUCCCCUCCAUUUCGUAAUUGUAUUAUGGGUUUGGACAAGCGCUUUAUGUCUUCUUUUAUUAAGGGAUAAUGUUACAUUUAAUACUGGUUAUUGGGUAAUUUAGUGCAAUAGAUAUUUAAAAAUGUGUAAUGUGAAUCUGUAUUAACAAUUUGUUACUUAAAAGUUUAUAUUUAUUUCUAA